AUGUCGACCAAGCAGCCGGGAUAUGAGCUGGACAGUGAAAGCGAUAUUCAUAUCAACACAAGCCUAUCCGGUGAUCCUUUCAUACUAUCCGAUCUGGAUAUGACUAUGCCAGACACGCUGGUCACGCCAUUUGUGAUAUACAACUUGCCACCACACCACAAUGCCCAAUUCAUUGUGGAUUCAUUUCAGCGCGGACUAGAUGAGGCCGUCAAGCAGCUCCCUUCUCUUGCCGCGAAAAUCAUUUUUGACGGCUGCAGGAAGCCACAGAGAAGAAUGAAACCAGGUGUUCUCAAGCUGACAGUUCGUCAAUUCGGACCGGGCCAACACAAGUCAUAUGCAGAGCUUGCCGAGAAUUAUUUCUCCCCUUCUGAACUAGACCAUCUGAAACUCAUGCCAGGCACCGCAUAUGCGGAUACGACAGAGCGACCGCUCUGCAUUCUUCAAUUGAAUUUUAUUCCUGGUGGCAUCAUACUAGCCUUUGGCUUUAAUCAUGUGCCGCUGGAUAUGGCGUCUAUGGACCUCGCCAUUUCCUUGGUCACUAAGUGUAUCCAAACACAAAUGGAUGACUCUCCACUGGAAUUCACGCCAGUUACUUUUGACCGGAAGCCUUUAGCUGCGUCAAGCAAGCUAGCAUCAUUGCCCCGGGCAAAACUAUUGGAACAGACCUCGGACUAUCAAGUCUGCAACACCGCCGCUACGAUCAACCAACCUAGUUCCAAGGCGCUCGAGAACAAGAAUUGUGUCAAUAAAGGAGUAGUUUAUCGAAUCAGCAACUCCAACACAAAGAGACUGAAGCAGGCUUGCCAGCCCCUCAAUGGCAUCGCGAAAUAUGUAUCCACAUAUGACUGUGUCGUGGGCUUGUUAUGGAAGAGUGUGAUGCGCGUUAGGGCUACAAACAACACAGAUUUGAAUGACAGGUUGUCUCGGUUAUUACAUCCAGUGAGCCUACGCAACCGGCCCGGAUCAGAAAUCCCCGAAAGCUAUUUUGGCAAUGCCCUCUCUGUGGCCAGUGCAGGCCCUGUCCCCAUAAAACAGCUCACUGGUCCCAGUGGCUUGUCCGUUGCUGCCUCUCACAUCCGGAAAUCCGUAGAAGGAACCAGCCAGAACUCUAUUGGUCAUGUGACGGCCCUGAGCUCUACGAUGGGCCCUUCGGAGAAGAUGCAGUACCAACCACCGGGGCUUUUGGAAGAGAACUUUUUGGUCACUAGCUGGCAUUCAGCUCACGCCGCGACCUGGGACUUUGGCCUUGGGGCACCCCAGAUGGUGCGGACAUGGGUAUUGCCUAUGCCAGGAUGCGCUGUUGUAUUUCCCGAUUGUAACCCACAGCCAAAUGAACGAGUGUACGACUGCUUUGUUAUUCUGCCAGAGGCUGAGCAGGAUAUGUUGAGUCAAGACGUGGAAAUGAACACUUGGUUUCAAAUCCAAUGA